UUUUCCAAAAACCCUACGAUUCCUCUUCCAAAAAAAAAAAACUCUACGAUUACCGGAAAACUCGCACAACCCACCAUGGGUCUUCUCUCUUGGUUCAGAGGCAACCCGAAAACUGAAACCCAAACCAUACCGAAGCCCAACGAGACCCCGAAACCCGUUCCGGGAAUGCACGGAGCCGUUGUAGUGCCCCGACCUGAGAGUGUUACGGUGUUCGAGUUCGGGUCCGUAGCGGCUACUGCAGAUAAGGUUACGUUAGCCGGGUUCUGUCCCGUAUCCGACGAGCUCGAGCCUUGCCGCUGGGAAAUUCUGCCCGCUAGUGGAUCCGACGCUCCCCAGUUUCGCAUCGUCUUUUGACACCGAAAAAUUGAUUGUAAGUCGGUAAAGAAAAUUGAUUGUAAGGAAAUUGAACGUUUAACAUAGACUCUUUGUUCAGAGAUUAUUGUGAUUUUGGGUAAUGAGAAAUACAUUUUUCUUAUGAAUUU